UGUAAUCCAAACGGAGCCUUAAGUUAAGUGAACAAACAGCCAGGUCUCCCUCUCUGUCUCUCUGUCUCUGCGUCACUGAUUUUUCUCUGAGUGUUUUUGGGUCAAAUCUGUAGUGGGUAUUCAUUCUUUCUGGGUCUUAGAAAAGAGGUAGACACACGAGAAGAAGAACGAUGGCAGCAGGUGUGAGCAGGAAGAUAUCAGCAGCAUCAGCUAGGGCUCACACCAGAAGACCAAAGCAGACUACUUUUCAACUUCCUUCUGGGAUGUUUAAGAAAAUAUUAGUGGUGUUCUUUAUGGGGUUUAUGGCAUGGGCUUAUCAGGCAACACGGCCACCUCCGUCCAGGAUAUGUGGCUCUGCAGAUGGUCCUCCUGUUACAGCUACUAGAAUAAAACUUAGUGAUGGAAGGCAUUUGUCCUACAGAGAAUAUGGUGUCCCAAUAGAUAAAGCCCAUUAUAAAAUAGUGUAUAUACAUGGCUUCGACUCUUGCAAACAUUAUGCUGUAGUUGACACAAGUUUAUCUCCUGAUGUUGCUAAAGGUUUAGGGGUCUACAUUGUGUCAUUUGACAGACCUGGUUACGGAGAAAGUGAUCCUAAUCCAAAACAAACAAUGAAGAGUUUGGCUUUGGAUAUAGAGGAGCUUGCUGAUCAGUUGGGGCUAGGAUCCAAAUUCUAUCUUGUUGGGUUUUCCUUGGGUGGGCAGGUGGUUUGGACCUGCCUCAAGUACAUUCCUCACAGGCUGGCAGGAGCAACACUUAUAGCUCCGACUGUCAACUAUUGGUGGCCUGGUUUUCCUGCAAAUUUAUCUAAAGAAGCCUACUAUCAGCAGUUGCCUCAGGACCAGUGGACAUUUCGUAUUUCUCACUACACUCCAUGGCUUACCUACUGGUGGAACACUCAAAAGUGGUUUCCUUCUUUUAGUUUAAUAGCUCACAGCUAUGCUGUUCUUUCUCCCCAAGACGUAGAACUUUUGCCUAAGCUUUCUGCAAACAAGGCAUACGAGGCACAGGUAAGACAGCAAGGAGAAUUCGAGUCCCUCCACCGUGACCUGAUGUUUGCUUUUGGAACUUGGGAAUUUGAGCCUAUGGAUUUGGAAAACCCAUUUCCAAACAAUGAAGGUUCAGUCCAACUAUGGCAUGGAGAUGAAGAUCGUAUUGUGCCCGUUACGUUGCAGCGUUACAUUGUCCAACGACUCCCAUGGAUUAAAUAUUAUGAACUUCCGGGUUCUGGGCAUAUGUUCCCUUAUGCUGAUGGAAUAGCUGAUGCCAUGAUAAAGGCACUUCUAGUUGGGGAAAAUAGCCAGCCUCAGAUUUGAUGGGGCCUGGGCAUAUCCCUUAUGCUGAUGGAAUAACUGAUGCCAUGAUAAAGGCACUUCUAGUUGGGGUAACAUAACCGGCCUCAGAUUUGAUGGGGGCUUAUAUUUCGGUAAGCCGCGUGGUUAGGUUUCUUCUGCUCUCUUUUUUUUGGGUGCUAAAAUUUGUUGUGAUUAUUUUGAUAUGUAUGACAAAAAGUCAAAAUCUGGACCUGUUGUUGAGUUUUUUUGUGAUCUGUAUAGUGACAUAUGUAGUGACUUUGAACAUUUAUAUGUAGUGGGAAACUGAUUUGUUUUUUUUUUUUUU